AUGCCUCACCGGUUUUCCGAGACGACGAUGCAUCUCUACAGCCUGUGGCACGGCCAGGUCACACAGGAGCUGGGCUGUCUGUGCUUAUAUACUUGUGAAUGCUCCGACUUGCACGAAGGUCACGGCCACACUCAUCCCAAUUCGAAAUCCGCAACGCUCUGCAACCCUCGCAAGUACACCUCUGGCCAUGGAUGCUGGGCCACCACCACCGGGAAUCCCUCGAAUCUUCAUGGCAUCAACGCUACAGAUGGGGCCCAGAGCCUAAUCCUGACAUACAGCAUGGCUUCUGCUGGGACACAUAUUCAUCCCUGCCGUGCUCCAUGGGGAACAACGUGGACGCUCGACGACGAUGACGACAACUUCGAGGGCGAAGUCUUGUGGUGGAGGAAGGAGGACAAGAUUUACCCAAUUCUUGUCGAGAUCAUGAGGGGCAUAAAAGCAGAAGGCCGCCCUGGCCUCGAGCUCUGGAUCCGUGUGACCUACGCAGGCUGA